CAGAAACAACCGGAAUUCGCCUCCCACCUCAGUGCCCUGUCACGCCCAUGGCAGAAGGGUCAGUACCUGUGUCCAUAAGGUAAGGUACCUAAGCGUGCUAAGGUAGGUAUCCGUAUCGAGCAGCAGCACCGCUCCUGCUCAUAAUUUGAUUCGGGUCCUUAAGGUUCCUUCCCCCCAUCCCCCCCCUGCUUACGCUCCUUCUGGGCAGCCCGGUUCAUUUGGACAUCGUCACUUCCUCCUGAGAAUUGAAUUGCAAACCGAAGAAAAGGUACGUAGUCAGUACAUGUCUCCGCCGCUGUAUUUCCACCCAAAAAUACGUACCCAUUCCAUCCACUUCAAGUCCCCUCUUCAACUUCGUCUUCUUCUUCUGCUCCCGUCGGAUCUUCUCUUUCUCUUCCUCUUCCCUCUCUCGCACAUUUGCCAUCUCCGUUCCUCUCUCGGCGCCCAACCUCGCAACUUUCUCUUCCCCGUCUCUCUCGUCCUUCUUCUCUUCUCCGACGGCAGGCCGGUUCGCCCUGUUAUUGCCCCAGAGGCAACACACAUCCUUUCUCUGCUCUCCUCUAACAUCGACCCUCGCACCUGGUAGUGUGUACGUACCUUACCUGGACUCUCCUGUGAACGGAUACUUUACGUAGUCCGCCGAACCAAAGAAGAACCCCCAAGCCAAACGGCGACCAUUCCACCUGCAAGUCCAGGUUCCCGCUGCGUCUGCCAUCGCGUUCUCUCAAAGAAAGACAGGGACUCCCCUCUCUUUCCCCUCGGCGACCACAAAAGACGGCACUCGCACGCCCACACCCACUCGCCCACAGUACCUAAACACCCACCGCUCCAUCAGCACUCCCCCCCCCCCUCCCUCCACAGCGCUUCCGACACUCGCUGGAGACCUGAGAGAGAAAGCCAAAAUCAAAUCAGCCCUGAUAUCAUCCGUUCCGGCUCCGUCCCUCCAUCUCUCCACCUCGCAAAUCGGCUCCAAGACACUUGACACCCUCGCCUCGCCUUUGUCAAGUACCUAUUGUACACCCAGUACAGUACCUGCUUCGCAUUCCGGCACAAACGAACGGGGUACACACCUUACCGUCUUUUUCAACCUGCUCUUCGGAUACCUCAGCUUGCUCCCCGAGCUACCCUUCAACCCUUGCCUUGGGCUACCCUGCUCUUGCAUCCGUCUUUCCCUCAACUUACAUCUAUACAUCUGGACCCUGGUGGCCAUCUACUCCUCCUUGUCCUUUCUCCAACCACUCUCCUGCAUCUUAGAUCCUCUCGCCAAACUCCUUCCGCAUAUCUCGCCAGCCUUUCCAGUCUCCUUCUUGCUCAACCAGGUAUAUUCUGCGUACCUACUCCACGAUUUCCAUGAGAGACAAACGACAUUGCGCUGCAGCCUUCUUUCUUAACGAUCCGAACGUACUUUUGCAUUGACUUCGGAAAGUCAGACGUUACGCGAUACACGAAUCCCGACCUGUUCAGCUCAGUUCCUCCAGCUUGACUGGGCAUCGAUUUCCCCUCUCUUGUGCAAGACAAGAAGACUUACGGAUUUCCAUCACCGCUGCUCCUUCUCGGGAUACGCACCCUGGGUUAACCAAGAAUCAUUCCCGCCAUCACACGAUCCCAUUGGACACCGAACGCUACUUUUCCAGGCAUCUUGUAAGCCUUUUGCCUUUCUCUCUGCCCUCGUCACCUCAGGCUCAGCUCAGCCCAUCCCGCGCCCACGGACAUACAAGGCCAACUGGGUCCUCGGGCCACUGACCGCUCACGAGUCAAGCCACUCAAGCCAUUCAAAAGCCUUCUGUGCUGAACCCCCGCCAAAUACAGCAUAGCUCCCUGAGCCUCAUCAGAGAAAGUGUUUCUGGGCUGACGCUAGAUGAUGUACUUGUAGGCCGCUCAUUCCCUCACACAGCCUGCUCUCCAGCAUCGACGUCCCCUAUUUCUCUCUAUUCUUUGUCCUGUCGUCUGCCUCGCCCAACGCCUCUGCCGCAAUCGAUCAUACUCGUCGCCGUGUCGACCAGACUUGCCAGUCACUGUAACGAUCGAUCCCACGUCAAGCACACUUCAAGACCAGUGUAACGCACCUUGCGGUAUUGAACCACUUAGAACGGAAUCCCCAGGACCCGAGCUGCACUGCACCGCUACCAGCAUCAGCAUCAGCACCCACCCCACCUUGGCCAGCUGCAAGUGGAGAGCUUGCCCGAUUUAUACCCCUCGCAUAAGACGAUCCAACCCUCGCCCAGUCGGUUGAUUUAAUCACGCCGUCUUUCCUGCCUGCAUCUCCAUUUGGUAAAUAUUGGAACGCAAUAGUCCUUUGAAAUCAUACGUCGACUAGAGUCGGAAAUCGCCCUGGUCGCGUCAAUGAUUUCCUCAACAUCGUGUGACUAAAUUCCAGACUACAACGAUGUUUCUCCAUUCUGGCGCAAGCCUGCAUGGUCACGAAUACUCCAACAAGACCACUGCCAGCGGCAACCAGCCUGCGCGCAGGCAUAUUCUCCUGCGCUCCUCACUAGGCGCAUCGCCGCUUCAGCGAUCAUCAUUUUCAACCGAUGAAACCGAGACGCCGACACAACGUAUCAACCGACGCCUUUCAUUACAAGAGCCCGCCUCUGCUACGCGCCCAGUACGUAGAAUCCGACCGGUGUCUGACUUUGUCCAAAGAAAGGACCUCGUCGUACGCUUCGAGGAAGAGCCUACCGUUGUAGGCGAGGAAAUACAUGGUCUCGAUGGCGUGAGCGAAGAUGAAGGCAGUCUGGUAUCAGAGAUUAGCGAUACGAGCACUGUGAAAAGAUCCAAACGAUCAAGGCGAGCUGCAAGGCAAUGUACCAACUACAUGCUGGCCUACCCUCCUCCAAAGCUUCGUACGAAACAGAGACGCUUCGUAUCCAUCCGGCCGCGACUUCUCCUGCAGCUACAACAACUAUCGAACGACAAGCGGCCCAUGCCUGCCAUCGAUGUCGUCCCCUCGAGCAUGAUCGCUGGAACAGUGAUCCUUCCCCGCCUCGCACGACGUUUUCCCAAGAUGUUCAGAGUCAAGGGACAGCUGGGCAUGAAUGGCCUCAUCUUGGCCAAGAGUGAGGACUACGACAAUAACGCUGACGAUUCUGACUCGGACGACAAAGAUCUCGAUAAGCGGGACUUGGUGGCCGUUAUCUCGCCGGUCUCGUCACGGAAAGAAGGCGAGCGGAGGGAUUCUGGCGAACAGACGGAAAUUGUUUUGGCGGACGGUUCAGUUUGGACUGCUACUCAAACAAGCAAUGGGUCGUACGAUUUCGUCCACGUUGAUGAAGCUGGCCAAACGACAAUUGCGAGAUGGGCCAGACGUAGUGCCCGACCUCUGUCCACGGCCACAUGCACCGCGGCAUCGGCCCCCGCUCCUUCGGAGUAUAAAUUCACUUUCAGCGUCCUCGAUCCACAGCUUCGUCGACACCCCGUAAUGGCAACUUUGACGCCAGCUAACCUCGAAAUCUUGGAUAAUUACACCACCGUAUCACAAUCCUCCGGUCGUUAUCCUCCUACACGACCAUUCAGCAUGGAUUUGAGCGGCGACAAGGAAAUCCCAUCGCUGCCAGCAGCAACCCACGCCGCGACACAGCGAGAGACUCACCCUGUGGAUGAGGCGACUCGAAUUCUCAUCACCGUAACCUCCGUCUGGGUGUCCCUUCGACAUGGCCAAGGCUGGGCAUCGUCAGCAGCGUCUCCUGUUCCGGGGACCUCCAGACCAGCACAGUCUCGUACUGUUAGCGGCAGCAGCUGCCAGAGUCGUGCAUCAACCUUCCCGGUGUCAACGACGGAAAUGAAUCGGAUCUCAUCUCCACCAUUAGUACCGCAACAAGUUGCGACUCAGCCCGCAUCAGUCGCGCCCAAGAGGACAUUCUCAUCUGGAGCCGCCUUCAUGCAGCGCCGCCAGACAAAGCUUGGGGGCGAAUCGGUGACCACUGACAAUGCGGCCGAGUCCGAUGAUCUGGGCGGGCUUGAAAAGGUGCCCGAACCCGCGCCUGUGAAGAGGAGUUUUUCCAAAAGGAUACGGGAUUGGAGCCACCGCUUUACUUCGAGGAAGACAACAACUGCAUAAAGACAGAAAGGAGAAAAGCAAGAAACACAGGAACAUAUCAGGAACAGGCGCAAAGACGCGAACAGGCUCAAAGACGCAAACAGGACCCAGAGCUGGUUGACAUUCAGCAUACGCUUUCGUGAAUGUAUUAUUAUUAUUGAGCACAGGUAUACCCGGGGAUCGGAAUCUGACAACGCUCGUCGUGCUAAGCGCACGGCGACCAAGAGUUGCGUACACUUGCUUGCUCCCUAUUCAUGGUGAUUGACAUUGCGCCUGUGAGCCGUUGUAAACAAACCGAAUCAGUCGACUAUAGUUCAAAGGCGAGUAGUUUUUUUUAGGUCAUGAUAGACCUGAUGGGCCAUAGCUGCAUGAUUCUUACGUGUAGAAUCUGCAAAUUUGACGCAGGAACCGACCUGAUCGCCGGGGCACAGCCAGGCGCAUGAGUGUAAAGCUGAGUGGGGUAUCGCCGGAGAUGGAAACGGAAACACAGCGAAGGGUUCCCGUGUACAGCGAUCCGGAAACUGUGGGUCCCCGCACGCCGUGAACCCAGAACACAAAGCUGGGAACGUGGAGUGAUCCUUGCGGACGAUCCCGAUGCGCGAUCCGCAACGUCGCUCAUGAUCGGCGAUAGGGGUCCACCUCGGCGGUGGCCCGUGUGGGGCACCUUCAGAAUUGGAAGGCCAGCAGAGUUGCCUGAAUGGUUUUGAUGGGUUGCGACAACCAUGUAACUAUCAAAUCUGACCAAGAUUUACUCAUUGUCGCUUGUAAUCUGGAGAUGACUUGGAAUUGAAUGCGAAGUACAGACUAUGGCACAUCCUUGGCAGUUUCGACUGUCUGCCUACUCACAUUCAGGCUUCGCGAAACUUGUCUUGAUUUCGGGAGAACAAGAAAUGCUGGAAACUAUGCACAACGGGCUGGAUACCGCUUACUCGAGCAGGAAUAAAACUCACAGAACAACA